AAUCAGCUCUUCUUUGGCGUACGAGUCUGAAACACUCAGCCGAAGGAAAAGUGGAAAAAUCCCUUACUUCUCCUUAGGGCAAAGAAUCGAUUAAAAUCACAGCUCUCCUCUCCAAAACCUAGUCAAAUUUCUUCCUCAACCAAUGCAAAAAAUGGAAAUCCUUCGGUCGAACCUCUCCCGCGUACGAAUUCCAGAACCUACUAAUCGCAUUUACAAGCAAGAAUGCUGCGUCUCUUUCGACACUCCGAAAUCUGAGGGUGGCCUAUUUGUGGAUAUGUUUACAUUUCUCGCAUUUGGGAAGGAUUAUGUGGGAUGGAACUAUGAGAAGACAAAAGACCCAGUCUAUUUACAUAUAAAGCAGACUGUGAAGCCAGUUGGUGAAGACAGACCUUCAAAGAAACCGACACUCUUAGCUAUAGUAUUGAGGGUAAAGCUAUAAAUGCAUCAGUACCUGAACUGUAAGAAUGCUGUCAGGAGUGUGUAGAUGAGCCUUUCUUUAGAGGGAAAUCGUGGCAUUGUUCUCAGCCGGUAACUGUAAUUUACACAUAGGCUUAGACAAGGUAAAGGGCAUACGGAAUAUGAAAAUCAGCUUAGGUACGCUCGUGAUUCUUCUAUUGAUUUCACUGUUUUCUGGAAUAAGGUCCACUAGAUUGAUUAAUUUGGGUCUUACAGGCAUAUUAUCAUUUGUAUUGGAGCUCUCUUUUUGAAUAAGCAUUUUGGGUCUUUGGUUGUGUAUGAAUGCCCCUUCAGUCUCUCUUUUUCGUCUUUAUUUUUGACAUUUCUAUUUGUAGGUGUGGAUGGAGGAUUUGAUAAUAAUGACCCCGAAUACGAAGAAAGCUACGAAAUAGUUAUUUUGCCAGAUUAUGUAUCUCUUCCUUUUCCAUCCGUUGAGUUACCUGAAAAGGUAAGAUUGGCUGUUGAUGCUGUUUUAAUGGCUGAAGGAGCAGAGAGGAAAGAGCAAGUUGCUGCAUGGACAGCUGAUAAGAAGAACAUCAGUAAAUAUGCCAUGAAUCUCAACCAGCUUGAUAACGGCAUUAUUGUUCCUCCGACAGGGUGGAAAUGUGCCAAGUGUGAUAAGACUGAAAAUCUGUGGUUAAAUUUGACUGAUGGUUCAAUAUUGUGUGGUCGAAGAAAUUGGGAUGGAAGUGGUGGUAACGAUCAUGCUGUCAACCAUUAUAAAGAAACCAACUACCCACUUGCGGUGAAGCUUGGUACCAUAACUUCUGACUUGGAGGGAGCAGAUGUUUUUUCUUAUGCGGAGGAUGAAAGUGUGGAGGAUCCUCUUUUAGCACAGCAUCUUGCACAUUUUGGUAUCGACUUUUCAUCCUUACAAAAGACUGAGAUGACUACUGCUGAGAUGGAACUUGAUCAGAAUACCAAUUUUGAUUGGAAUCGGAUUCAGGAAAGUGGAGAGGAUAUUGAACCACUAUUUGGACCUGGUUACACUGGAUUGGUCAAUCUUGGAAAUAGUUGCUAUUUGGCUGCAACUAUGCAAGUAGUGUUCUCAACGCGUUCCUUCUGCUUACGAUAUUACGAGGAUCAGAGUUUGAAAAGGGCUUUUGACACUGCUUUAUCUGAUGCAGCUGUAGACCUCAACAUGCAGCUAACAAAGUUGGCGCAUGGCAUGCUUUCUGGUAAAUAUUCAAUUCCUGCUGCAGAGAAACAGGAGGGAAUCCGUCCCCGCAUGUUUAAGUCCGUGAUUGCUGCGAGCCACCCUGAAUUUUCAACAAUGAGACAACAGGAUGCACUGGAAUUUUUCCUGCACUUUAUUGACCAAGUUGAACGAACGCAUUCAGAAAGUCCUUCUAUUGAUCCUUCAAGGAGUUUUAAAUUUGGUAUUGAAGAGCGAUUGCAAUGUCCAUCUGGCAAAGUUGCUUACAAUCAGAGGAGUGACUAUAUUCUAUCCCUAAACAUUCCAUUGCACAAAGCUACAAACAGGAAUGAGUUAGAAGCAUUCGAAAAAUUGAAGGCCGAGAAGCAUGCAGAAGGGAAGGAAGUGUCUGCCGAGGAAAUUGUCCGCCCAAGGGUGCCAUUGAAGGAUUGCUUAGAUUGCUUUUCAGCGCCAGAAGAGGUGCACGAUUUUUACAGCUCAGCGUUGAAGUCCAAGACGACAGCAAUUAAAACUGCUGGUCUGACCUCAUUUCCUGAUUAUCUGGUGUUGCACAUGCGGAAAUUUGUCCUUGAGGCAGGCUGGGUGCCAAAAAAACUUGAUGUCUAUAUAGAUGUUCCUGAUAUCAUUGACAUCAGUUAUAUGCGCAGCAAGGGUUUUCAACCAGGGGAAGAGCUGUUACCUGAAACUACUGAUGAAGAUAUACCUCUGGCUGAUGAGACUAUCGUUGCCCAGCUCACUUCAAUGGGAUUCAAUCAUCUUCAUUGUCAAAAGGCUGCCAUUAACACUUCAAAUACUGGAGUGGAAGAGGCUAUGAAUUGGUUAUUUGCUCAUAUGGAGGACCCUGACAUCAACGCUCCCAUGUCCAAGAAGGCACAAAGUUCGGAUGCCCCCCUUUUUGAUCAAUCGAAAGUUGAGGCUUUGGUUUCUUUUGGUUUCCCUGAAGAACUUGCUAGGAAAGCUCUCCAGGCAUCGGGUGGUGACAUUGAGAAAGCAACAAAUUGGAUUUUUGACAAUCCUGAUGCUUCUAAUAGCGCACCAGCCAGUGACGCUGCUUUACCUGAUGGAGGAGGGAGGUACAGGCUCAUUGGAAUAGUGAGUCAUAUUGGUACGUCCACCCAUUGUGGUCAUUAUGUUGCUCACGUCUACAAGAAUGGUGGUUGGGUGAUUUUCAAUGAUGAGAAGGUCGGUGUUUCAAAAAACCCUCCAGUUGACAUGGGAUACUUGUACUUCUUUGAGAGAUUGGAAUAACUGGGGAGAUUCAAAUCGAGAGACAGAUACAGCUUUAUUGAGACACUUCAAUGUUGGGAACAGGCAAUUUUAAGCAGCCUCUGGGAGUCCAGGACCUUUGCUUAUGCUAACCGCAAGGAUGGGCCCUUUACGGUCUUGACAAAUUUCCGAAACCCGUGGUGCGAGAUCCGUUGAGUGGCUUAGAAUCUCCAUCCUAGUCUUAAAAAGUACUGAUGUUCAACGGAUAGCCUUGCAAACCCAUUCUUAAGUUCCCAUACCAAAAUUGUCUCUCAUUUUGCUUCGGUAUAGUUUCUGGUUGGUUAUUAGUUGGACAGAUGAUCUCGAUUCGAUGAGAAUAUUGACAGUAAUCGGUUUAUGGUU